CUAUCUAACCAGCGCCCGUCUGACAUGGCGCCCAUGUAAAUGAAAUCCAAAAUCGUUCCGUGUUGCAAUUGAAGAGAAAACGGGCAAUCAAGUUUAAAAAGUGAAAAUGGCGAUGUCAAAUCUUUACUCGAAAAUAUCAACGAAGCCAAUGAAACGGUUCCAGGACAACGUCACAGUCAAACAGACUAAUCCAUGGUUAAACGCGGAAUCAUUGAUUCCUGUAUCAGAUUCACCACCUACUGUAAGCCCAUUAUCUUCUUCCAUUGUAUUACAACGUGAAGGAACGAUAAACCAACCACUUAGUGCACCUGCUUCACCUUUGUCUUCCUUAUCAUCUCCUUUAACUCAAUUGAAUUUGUCAUCACCUGAAGACUGUACACAAGAUCCUAAUUGGCAGGCAACAAAACCUACAGUUCGUGAACGAAAUGCUGCCAUGUUUAACAAUCAUUUAAUGGCUGAUAUUAUAUUUAUUGUUGGAAGCCCAGGUCACAUACAAACUAUACCAGCACAUAAGUAUGUAUUGGCCACUGGUAGUUCUGUAUUUUAUGCCAUGUUUUAUGGUGGUCUAGCAGAGAAUAAAAGAGAUAUAGAAGUACCAGAUGUAGAGCCUGCUGCUUUUCUUGCUCUAUUAAGGUAUAUGUACUGUGAUGAAGUACAAUUAGAAGCCGACACAGUGUUAGCAACACUCUAUGUUGCUAAAAAAUAUAUAGUCCCUCAUUUAGCAAGAGCAUGUGUUAAUUAUUUAGAAACAAGUUUAACAGCAAAGAAUGCAUGUUUACUUUUAAGUCAGUCUCGUUUGUUCGAGGAACCAGAUCUUAUGCAACGUUGCUGGGAAGUUAUAGAUGCUCAAGCAGAAAUGGCGCUAAGAUCAGAUGGUUUUGUGGAUAUUGAUAUCCACACUCUUGAAUCAGUGCUUUCUCGAGAAACAUUAAACUGUAAAGAGAUACAUAUAUGGGAUGCUGCACUAAGAUGGGCUACUGCAGAAUGUAUUCGGCAGGAACUUGAACCUUCAUCAGCCAAUCAAAGACGACUAUUAGGAUCUGCUUUAUAUUUAAUUAGACUUCCUGCUAUGAAUUUGGAAGAAUUUGCCAAUAGUGCUGCUCAGACUGGAAUCUUAACACAACAAGAAACAAUUGAUGUUUUUUUGCAUUUCACUGCUAGUAAUAAACCUCAACUUUGCUUCCCUACCAAACCUCGACAAGGUUUAAAAACUCAAGUGUGUCAUAGGUUUCAGUCAUGUGCAUAUAGAUCAAAUCAGUGGCGUUACAGAGGCAGAUGUGACUCAAUUCAAUUUAGCGUUGAUAAAAGAAUAUUUGUUGUUGGUUUUGGACUUUAUGGAAGUUCAUCUGGUGCUGCAGAUUAUAAUGUUAGAAUCGAACUUAAAAGAUUGGGAUGUGUUUUAUCUGAAAAUAGUACGAAAUUUUUUUCGGAUGGCUCGAGUAGUACGUUUCAUGUAUAUUUUGAGAAUCCAAUCCAAAUCGAGCCAGAAUGCUUUUAUACAGCUAGUGUAAUACUAGACGGAGGCGAGCUAAGUUACUUCGGUCAAGAAGGAAUGUCAGAGAUAACAGUUGGUAAUGUAAAUUUUCAAUUUCAAUGCAGUUCAGAAAGUACGAAUGGUACUGGUGUACAAGGAGGGCAAAUACCCGAAUUAAUUUUUUAUGGACCACCAGUAGAUGACUGAUGGAAAUUUACCACAGAAAUAAUGGUUUAACUGCUGGUCUCUAAAAAUAUGUACCUUGACAUUGUUCAAGAUUUUGUAUAAUUGUUUUGAAUACUAUUUUUAAAUCGAUGACGAAUAUUGUGUAAUAGAUGCACUCUAAAAAAUAUUAAACAUUUAUAUUUUGAAUUUAGUAUAAAAUCAUAAUGAAUAGUUUGCAGAAGAAAUUAUAAUUUUGUUUCUAUUAUUAUCAUUCUAUUAAUCAAAUAUAAAAAGAAAUGUCUUUGUUUUAAUUCAAAGACUUGAAAACAAACUUUCUGUUUUAUAAUACAUUGAAUAUAAAUAUGAAUAAUUUCAUAAAAAUUUAUUUUCGUAAAAUAAAAGUCAAAUAUAUAUAUAAAAAUUAUUAUUUGUUUUAUAUUAAAUAAAAAGACAGUAUUAAACUAAGGAAAUAAAUAGUUUACUAUAUUUAAAUUAAAAUUAAAUUUUAAAUUUGCACUUUUGCAGAGGAGUGUGUCUACUACAACUUUUGAUGUAUUCAUAUUUAUGCUUUGUUUCUUCCGAAAAAAUAUUACAUUUCUUAUAUAAUUUAAAUACUUGAAACAUUAUUUGUAAAUAUGCAACAAGUGAAGUAUAUAAAAUACUUGUUAGAUUUGAAGAAGAAAAAGAAGAUGUAAAAACGAUCUUUAAAUUGAUAGAAAACAAUUGAGAAAGUUAAUAAGUGCUAUUUAAAAGGAUUUACUAUCUUAAAAAUUAUUGUUAAAUAAUAAUAUAAAGAAAUAAGCAAAGAUCAAUUAAUUUUGGAAACUAUAUUGUUAUCUCGACUAAUUAAUUCUCAAUUAAAAAAUACUAAUAUAUAAACUAUAAUUUUUUUUAAUUGGAAUGCUUUAGAAUCUUAAAUGAACAAUGUACAUUAUCGUUUUAUGGAGGAGAAUAUACUGUUUUUACUAACAUAAGUAAUAUUGAUUUAAUGUUGCAUUCAUAUAUCAUGUAUUUUAGAAUAUACUAUACUUAUUGGAAAGCGUCAUAAGCAAUUUUAGAAUAGUAUUAUAAUUGAAACUGCCUAUACAAAAUAAUAUUUGUUUUUUAUUGUAACAUUAUUAUUUUGUUUUUUGUAUCAUAUUCAUAAGAGAGGACAUACAUUUUACUUUCUUAGAUUUAUUGAUUCUUUAAUAUAUGAAAUUAUGUACUGCAAAAAAUGAUUACUAAAUUAUUAGAAGGAAUGUUUAAAUGUAGAUCCUUAAAGCAAAAUAGCGUUUUUGUAUACAAUAUAAAAAUCACAACAAUACUUUAUAUGUACAUUCUACGAUAUUUUAAUCAUGUUUAUAUAAUUUUAUAAUUUACUAUAAUCUAUGUAAAAAGUAGAAAAAUAUUCUAGUAUAGUUUCAAGAUACAGUAUAUACUAAUUAUAUAUAACUCUCUUACUUUUUUUUUAUAAUAAACAUUAUAUUGUAUUCAGUAAUGCUAUAGAAUCUGGCGCCAAAGUCUACAUUGCAAAAUAGUAAAUACUAUUUAAAAAAGUACAAUGGAUUGCAAUACCAAUAAUAAUAAAAUGUACAAAAUAA